AUGCCGACAAGAACAUCGACUCGCCAGGCAGCGGCCAAGGCAAAUGAAGCGCUGCAUCAAGGUGCCAAAGCUGGGACAAAGAGGACGGCCGGCUCUAAACGGAAAGCGACCGAACAAGAUAAGUCCUCCAAACCGAAGCGCGAAAGAAACGAGGAUGAAAUCACGACUGAAUUAGAGGAACCGAAGCCUGAAGGAGCUAAAGAACAACCACCAGCUACCAAGCAUGAAAAGGAAUCGGAAAUUAUCAAUGGCGAACCUGAAGUGUCCAAAAAGAGGAUCGAUGGUAUGAAGGUAGAAAAUGGAGAGGAAGCUAAAGAGCCAGGAACGGCGGAGCAUGAUAAAGCGCCAGACACGACGGAGGAGCCUAAAGAAGCGGAAAAGAAAGAUGAAAUUAAUGAACCAGAAAAUAUGACAGGAAUUCCUGAGCCGGAAAAGAUCAAGGAACCUAAAGCGCCUGAAGUGGUGGAACAACUUAAAGAACCAGAAAAGAUGGAGGGAAUCAAGGAGUCUGAUAGGGAGAUGGAAGCUAAAGAGCAUCUCGAGAGGGAAGAAGAACCCAGGGAAGAACCCAGGGACGAACCCGAGGCUCCCACUCCCGCUGCUUCUGAAAAGCCGCAACCCAAUCAGGACGAAGCUGCGGAACCUGAAACUAAAGAGAAAACUUCGGAACCCAACGCUGGGAAGGCAGCAGGGGAGAGCCGUGACCUCCCAUCCAACGUCCUUGAGAAGGGAAUCAUCUAUUUCUUUUUCCGCGGCAAAGUGAGUGUAGAAGAGCCGGAGAGUAUCGAUGAGGUAGCACGAAGCUUUAUUGUGCUGCGGCCGCUGCCCCGCGACGCAAAAUUGGACGAAGGCCCUAUUGGCGCCGGUGAGCACUGCCGCUUGCUUGUGCUACCCAAAAAGGUUCUUCCGAAAUCUAGCCGCGAUAAAUUUAUGGGUUUCGUUGAGAAAGGGCAUUCUUCGGCCAAAGAAAUUCGGGAUUCGUUUCGUGUUGCUGAGAAGGAGACGGUUACGAGGGGGACAACUCACUCUCCAGCCGCAACUCCCGUUGCUGAAGGCGUGUAUGCGAUCACCACGAGGGAUCGUGCUGCGCACCUAGUGUACCACCUGACUGUUCCAUCGGAGCUAAGUGAGGUUCAGAAGAAUAUCGGUCUAAAGCCUUGUGGGAGUUUCAUUGCAACUGCGAAGAAUCCUAAGUAUCCGGGAACAGCGUGGCUACCUAACCCUCCAGAAUAUCCACAGAAGGUUCGGGAAGAGUUUGGCGACUUGCGCUGGGUGCCGUUGCGGCCCGAAUUCCUCGAUUAUCCUAAUGCGCAGUUUCUACUCAUUGGAGGGACCCAUCAUGAAUUGGGAACAGAAGAGGCUGGCAGGGUAAUUGAGACACUUGAGCAUGAGAAUGAACUCCGGGUGUCUCCUCUGAGUAACGAUGAUGCUAUUUAUCAAGACUUAGGCAUGAACAGCAGGAAUUAUCCAAAAGUUGCAACGACUUGGGAAUGA